AUGGAGGGAAAUUCAAUACCAACAACUAUGGCUAUGAAUCAGAAUGGAGCACAGAUAGGAAGAGCAUCAUCAAGGGAUACCCAAAAGGGAAACUGGGUUGAAGAGAUGCGAGGUUCUCUAAUGGUUGUAGCAACGGUUAUUGCAACCCUAACUUUCCAAAUUGCAAUAAACCCCCCAGGGGGCGUUUGGCAACAGGACUCAAAUAACCAACAGGGUUGUGCUUCUGGAAACAUCUGCAAAGCUGGCACUUCUGUUUUGGGCACUUCCUCCGAUGACGAAAACCAACGCUUGAAAUACGAAAUGUUCAUACUCUUAUGCACUGUUUCUUUCACUGCAUCACAGACUGUGAUUCUUUUUCUGCUUACUGGCUUUCAGCUGCGUAAUAGGCUGGUCAUGUGGUUGUUGAUUCUUGUUAUGUGCCUCUCGGUUAUUUGCUUGGCUGGGGCUUAUGUGAUCUCCAUUUGGAUGGUCAUGAAGCCACUUGACAAGUUGAUUAACAAAAUCACCUUGUAUUAUGCCUUGUUUUGGGCUGGAUUGGUUACUCUGCUUUGUCUCGCACUCUUGCUUCGCUUUCUCAUCUGGCUGUUGAAGGAGUUCUACCGGUUUUUAUGUUGCUUGUAG